AUGAUGGUGGUGUACCUGGGAUCGGAGCCGAACUUCGUCUUGUUCCGGGCAGACCACGCGGAAAAGGCACUGAACAAUUCGAUCAAUAUCUCCAAAGGUCACGCAUAUAAUCUUUUGCUGCCUUGGCUCGGCGAAGGACUCCUCACCAGCUCCGGGAAAAAAUGGAAAACUCGCCGACGCUUAUUGACACCGGCUUUCCAUUUUCAAAUCCUCGACGAGUUCUCCCUCGUCAUCAAUCGACAAGCUCAAAUUUUCGUCGAGCAAAUGUCUAAGAAAUCACGCGACGACGAUAUCCUCCCGUACGUCGCAGCUGCAACACUGGACAUCGUUUGCGAAACCAUUAUGGGUGUCAAUUUGGACAGUCAGACAACCGGAGCUGGGAAAAUAUACCUGAAAUCUAUCCAGGCUCUGGGAGAGCUCUUUUUCAAGAGAGUCCAGUCUCCAGCGAAAUGGAUCGACUUCAUUUAUGGUUUGACGGCAGACGGUCGACAGAACGUCGGAUAUAUACGGCAGGUGCAUGAAUUCACGCUCAAAGUGAUCAACGAUCGCAAGAGAGAGCUCACUGAAAAUCCCGCGGAAUUAGAGAAGCUUGCUUCAAUUGACGGGAAUUUGCUCGGCUCGAAGAAACCGUUCUUGGACCUUCUACUCGUAGAACACCUGAAGAACAAAACGCUUUCGGUUUCCGACAUUCGCGAGGAGGUGGACACAUUCAUGUUCGAAGGCCACGAUACGACAAGCAUGGGAAUCACAUGGGCGACCUACCUCAUAGGCUUACAUCCCGAAGUUCAAGAGAAGAUUUUCGAAGAAAUGGAGUCCGUUUUCGGCGGCGACCAUACGUGUACGGUGACGAACGAGCAUCUGAGGCAACUGAAGUACCUCGACAUGGUUCUCAAAGAGACUCAGCGAAUCUAUCCGCCGGUUCCGAUGAUAGCGAGGAGAGUGACCACAGAGUUCGAGCUCCUCGGUAAAACUGUUCCGACGAGUAGCGAGUUGAACAUCAACAUCAUCGCCAUGCACAGAGAUCCGAAAACAUUCCCUCGACCGGAACUUUUCAUCCCGGAAAGAUUUUCACCGGAGAGCUCAGCCAGACGAUCGCCGUAUGCCUUCAUUCCAUUUUCCGCAGGCCCGAGAAAUUGUAUCGGCCAGCGAUUCGCUCUCAUGGAGGAAAAAAUAGUUCUUGUUUGGCUGUUGCGUCGAUUCAGACUGAAGUCCCUCGUGCUCAGAGAUGAAGUUCUCAUGGUGGCCGAAAUGGUUUUGCGGCCGAAGAGCGCUAUCAAAGUCGAGUGCAUUCCGCGGAAUUUCGAGACAGCGUAA